AUGUCGAAUUCGAUACUAUACAUCCUUUGCGCUGCACCUAUAUUCCUUGUCUUACGAUGGAAAUUAUCUCAAAAUACGCCAAAAGGAUGUCGACGUCUCGGUCUAGACCCAAAGGAGAGCAAUAUAUUCGAUGAAUAUGAUCCCAGAUACACACGUCCUGCUUGCGAUCAGGUAAAGGGGAAUAGCAUCCCUUCGAAAUACCGCAUCAAAGCUCUAUUCGCGUAUCCUAUCAAAAGCUGCGCUGGCGUUGAACUCUCCGUCGCAGACGUCGUGCCGACUGGAUUGACAUAUGACCGACAAUUCUGCUUCGCGGAGUACCUGACGCCCAAGAACGUGCCCCUUGGUGCGAGCGAAGAGGAGAAGGCGCCUCGAUGGGAGUUCAAGACGAUGCGAGAUGGACGGUUCAGCAGACUUGCUCUAAUUCGGCCGGAGAUUUGGGUCCCGGAUCCUGCUGCGAGGAAUUAUCAUCCUGAUUUGGAUGAGGUGAAGUCAGGAGGCGUGCUGGUUGUCCAUUAUCCAAGGACAUCAAGCAAUCCGUUCUGGAGUGGGAUAAUCAAGCUAGCUGUCGCUCUGCGUCUGUGUUCUUCAGAAUGCUCAUUCCGCGUCCCUUUCAAUCCACCAGCAGAGAGAAUAGACAAUUAUCCCCUCCUACCGGUUCGUCUGUGGAAGGACUUCCCCAUGGGCUUUAACUACGGACAUCAUCUCCCUGCCUCUCUUCGCUCUUUUCUCUCUCCUGAUAACACUUUCCCACCAUUAUCCCUCUUUCGAGUAUCCCCAGCUCACUCCCGGGAAAUCUUCCGCAACGCCCCGCGAAAAGAGCACCUCGGCUUCCAGCCGCGGACAGGUUUCGCGGAUGCUUAUCCUCUGCAUCUGCUCAAUAUUGCCAGCGUACGAGACGUCGCAGCGCGAUGUGCAACAGCCAUCCCACACCUGAGUGUGCGGCGGUUCCGCGCGAAUAUCAUCAUCGAGGGACCUCCGGCGUAUGCAGAAGAUUCAUGGAAGAGGAUCCUCGUUGGUGGGAAUAGUCCAAAUGGCACCAUAAUCAAUGGGGAAUGGGGCCACGAAAAGCAGAGGAGGCAAGAAUCCGUAGAGAUCCACGCUGCGUGCCGGACAAUCCGCUGUCGUCUUCCCAACGUUGAUCCCGAUACGGGAAUCCGCCAUCCCUCUGAGCCGGAUAAGACACUCAAGAGCUUCCGAUGCAUCGACCCAGGGGAUCGGACGAAUGCGUGUUUGGGAAUGCAGCUUGUUCCGAGCAAAGAGGAAUUCACUCUUCAUGUCAAUGACUCAAUAACUGUCUUGGAGGAAGGAGAGCACUUUUAUAUCAAAAUGCUCAAGCCGACUGAUCCGCCCGUAUGA